AUGAUGAAAAAAUUAAUAAAUAUAAGUUCAUUAAUUGCAAUAUUUUUACCUAAUAUUAUAUAUUCAAAUGGGGAAAGCAAUAAAAUAGCUACUGUUGUUUUUGAUAAUAAUACAACAGUAAACAAUGAUGAGGCAUUUCAAUAUAUAUAUAUAGAUAAAAAUUAUACUAUCCCUGAAAUAUCAUCAUCUGAAAUAGGGAAUAUAGAUAUUGAUAAUGAAAUAUAUUUUUACAAAAGUUAUACAAAUAUUAUAAGUUACUUUCGAUUCCGUCCUCCCAGUAAUAUAAAAUUUGAUUUUAAAUAUGAUGGAGGUGAUUUAGUUAUUUUAAAAAAUAGCAAAAAGGGAAUAGUAUGUAAAAUCCCUGAUAUAUUUUAUAGUGAAACAGGUCUUAAUAUUUUGAUGAGAAGUAAAAGUAGUAAUUCUAAAAAAAAUAUAAAAUAUGAGCAAUUUACUGUAAAAGCAUUACCCGAUUGGGGAGAUGGAUCAUCAAUGGAAGAUGAUGAUCAAAAUUCUGAUUCCGUUGACGAUGAAUAUCAAGAUGAUGAUGAUACAGACGAUGAAGAUAAUGAUCAUACUAACAGUCCUGUUGAGAGAAGUGCUAUAUGUGAAAUUGAAAGUGAUAAAUUUUUACCUCAUAAAUUAUUAUGUUAUCCAUCAAUGCAUCAAAAUAAUGAAAUUAAAAUGAGUUUUAUAAAAAAUACUGAAUUUAAUAACCUAUUAGUAUUAGGAAAUAAAUAUAUAAAUAAAAGUAAUUAUGCUUUACUUGAAACUAUUACAAAUCAUUUAAAAAAUACUUUACGUAUUAAUGUAGAUAUAAAAAAUAUUUCAUAUUACAUAUUUAUGAAAACAAUAAGUUGUAAUUUAAAAAAUUCAUUAUUACUAAGUAUGGGUAUGGAAAAUGGAAAAGAUGCAAAUGAAAAAAAAAAUAAAUUUGGUAUACCUAAUAUAUCAGAUAUGUUUAAUAUGGGCAAUUUAGGAGGCAAUUUAGGUGGCAAUUUAGGUGGAAAUUUAGGUGGAAAUUUAGGUGGAAAUUUAGGUGGAAAUUUAGGUGGAAAUUUAGGUGGCAAUAAUCCAAUGAAUCAAAACUUGAUAGGAAGAAAUAUUAAUGAUUUAACUGAUGAAGAAAUAGAUAAUCAAAAUAAAUUUAUAAAAGAAAACAGCGGAUUUAAAGAACAGAAUCAUAAUAAUUUUUUAAUUUGGAAACACACUAAUGAAAGUUUAUUAAAAGAAAAUGAUGCAAAUUGUAAUCGUAUAUUAAUUAGUGAAGGAGAACUUUAUAAUUGUUAUGGAAACUUAGAGAAUGUUUAUCAAAUAAAAGUAUCUAAAGAAAAUAUUAUGGAUAAAUUAAAAAAAAAUAAAAUAAGAUAUAUAAGUUCUAUAAAUAAUUAUACAGCUUAUUAUUAUGAUAGUAUUAACUACUUAGUUAUUUUGAAAAAUUACAAACUAUAUUCAUUUUUUAAAUUAGAUCAUGUAAUAGAUUUUGUAAUUUUUAGUAGUAUUAUUAAUCAUAUAAAUUUUUAUUAUAUAUCAAAUAAAGAUAGUGAUAAAAUAUUAAAUGUAUAUCGUUGUCUAGUGUCUAGUGUUGUCCAAUGUACACUCAUUUCUACUAUACCUAAUGAAGAUAAAGAUGAUGAUUAUGAAAACAAUAUAUAUUUGUCAACUGCCCAAAAUAGAGAUGCUAGAGCUGUAUAUGUUAGUACUCGAAAUAAAGUCUGGGCAAUACAAAUUGACAAUGACGCACUUUAUGGUGAUAUUAGAAAUUAUGUAUAUGUAAGAAAAGUUAUAGAUUCAAUAGACAAUCCAAAUGAAGGAUAUUUUGGAAAUAUAAAUUGUUAUAAUAUUAAAAUUAAACAAUAUGAAAGUUUGUUUACACAAUUUUAUAAUAUAAAAAGAAAAAACAAAGAAACUGUAGGAUGUUCAUACUUAAAACAUUUUAACGAUCACGAAAAUGUUCUUUUAGUAUCGUUUACUGAAAAUAUAAAUUUUAUUCAGCGUACUUAUCACAUCGUAAGAAAUAAAAAUUAUAUCCUCUCUACUGGAGAAACUAUUUUAGAUAUAAAAAUAAGCGGUAUUAAUGAUUUAUUGAUUAUGAUUGCAAUUCUUUUAAUUAUAAUUGGUAUGCUAUCCUACGUAUACAGAUACUUUUUCCCCAAACACCCCAAAAUACAUAUGGAGCAUGAGUUUUUUUCCAAUUCGAAAAAUAGUUGCCCAUCUACAGUAGGUGAAUAA